AUGCACUGUCCACAACCAUUCCAACAACAAAUGCUAGUCCCAACUAUAUCCAAUCCUAUGUUCAAUCCUAAUAUUACAACAAUUCAACCAAAAGCUGAGAAUUGUGGGUGGACUGUGGGAAAUAUUGUUUUUCAAAGUGGAAUUGGCAUCACUGAACUUCAUGUUCAUUUAAGGAAGAACUUUACAAUUGGAAAAGUAAAUAUUUAG